AUAAAAGGUGCAAAACCAUCUCUCUCAAGUGCCUACCUUCCUUCAAUGGUUCCCAAUUUCACUGGGCGACAGAGCGAAGUUGAAGAGAUAAUCGGACAUGUCACUUCCGAAUCCACCCGACUUGUGUCGAUCUGGGGUUCACCUGGAUUCGGAAAAACGUCGGUUGCAAUUGCAGAGGGGCACGCUCUUCAGACUCAAGGACUGCCAGUGUACUGGGUUUCAUUACGAGGACUUCAGUCAAAGGCGGGUCUGACUUCAAAGCUUCUUAGCCUUCUAAGGCAACCAACCAUUAAUAAUCAACCGUCCGAUCAGCGUCUGUCCCUUGAUGAUGAGAUUUGCCAACUAUUCAAUAAAAUAUCGAAACAGUCUGUAUUUAUUCUUGAUAAUGCCGAUGAUUUGUUAGAAAGUGGUUGGCCAAAAGUGAAGGAAGAAGUCAUCCAACUUCUUGAAGAAAUACUCAGGCAAAACCCAAGGGUGACGUGCAUUGUAACCACGAGGGAGUCUCUUGAGUUUAUGGACAUUCAUUUUCAAGGCCAUCAAGGCUUGAGAGUCAGAACAAUGGAUAAAGCCUCUACAAAAUCCUUAAUUCAUGAGUUACUUCCAAAUGCGAGCGCUGCAGAUUGCAUAGAAGUCGCGCAUAUCUGCGGACAAGUUCCUUUGGCCAUAAAAUUAAUGUGUUCUUUGAUUUCUGAAGAUAAUUCUUUACCAAGCCAUUUUCUAGAUGAUUUCAAGGCGUCCUCUACAGAAAGUAUCGUAAGCAUGUUGGACAUAUUUGACUCCUCUUUCCAGAGACUAACUGCACAAGAACAAGAAGGUUUAAUUUCUUUGAGUAUUCUCCCGGAAAGCUUUACUACUGAGGUCGCUGAGGCCGUUUUAGGAACCAAAAGUGGUUUUAAAGCCAAAAGGAUGUUACAAAACCUUCGGAGGAAGUCACUGAUUGAUUCAGGCUCUAAACCCGGGACUUUCACGAUGCACAAACUGUUGCAAUCAUUUUCGAAAGAGAAAGGGAACACUGAGAUGAACAAUACAAUUCUCGAUGCAAAGGGUCGUUUGAAUACAUUCUAUGUCUCGUACUUUGAUAAACUAAAUAAGCAAUUUCUCACCGGGAAUUCCAUGGAUGCAUAUAUUGCAUUUUAUGAGGAUAAGGAAAGCAUUGUUCAAAGCCUAGUAGACGGAUGUUCUGACUCCAAAACAGCUGACACUGUCUUUGACAUAUUGGUCAAGGGGGAGUUGUUUCUUGACACGCUUUUUUGGACCGCUAGUGAAGGGAAAACCUUUUAUCACAUAUACGAUGCCGCCAUAAAAGCAGCCAAUCUGCAUGGAAAUGAAAAAUACCACAGGCAGCUACUUUCUUCUAAAGCUUUCAGUCAAGUAACCUGGGGACGAGCAGGACAGACGAAUCAUCUUCUCACUGAAGUGAAAGUUCUGCAAGCAGCAUCGUCCCUUGUUUCUAAUCAAGAAAGAGGCAAAUGCUUCUGCUAUUUAGGAAUCUGUUACCUUACUGCAGAAGAAACGAAGAGUGGGGUCCACUGCCUACAGCAGGCACUUUCAUCACUGGAUACUUGCAACGACCAAGAGUCGUUAUUUCUAAAGUUUCUUAUUCUUCAGAUCUUCGUUUGUUAUUAUCAGUCCCUAAAUGACUUCUACAAUGCAAGUUUCUACUAUGACAAAUCACUACAUUUGUCCUCUGCAGUAGGAGAUUGCAAGCUGCUUAUUAUUCCGCCAAUGAAAAGCAAAUCACAAAAAACUACCAAUGAAAUGCAGUUUGGAAAUGACUCAAACAUUUUGCUGAAUCAACCUUUCGAAUUCCAAUUUGUCUGUCUCUUAAGUGAAGCUACAAAGUUUUUCGCUGACACUAAAACCAAACAAACUACAAGCCACUUGGUUCUUCAAAUGUUAGAGUGUGCCGAAAAAGAUGUUACACCUUCAAUUGGUUUGCUAUAUUUUUCCACAGCUGUGGCAAAGCUGCUGUGGCAUUUGAAUAGUGAAGACCCUGAAAAACUAUUAUGGUCAAGAAUAAAUUAUCAUAAAAAAACACUAAAGCGAUGGAAAGAAACUUUCCUAAAUAGUCACGACUUUGGCGGUCAUGGUCAAAUACAAAUUGAAGCGCUUGUGGACUGCUACUUAAACCUGGGUAGAGUUUACAACAAAAGAGGAAACCAUUCAGAAGCUCUUCAGUCAUACAAGAUAGCGCUGGAAACAGCAACAAGGUCCUUAGGAGAACAACAUGAAAGGACUUCCUUCACCUACAGGGAACUUGGUGUAACACAACACAACAUGCAUGACUACAGUGCAGCUCUACAAUCUCACCAACGUGCAUUAGAAAUCCGUCUUAAACUAUUUGGAGAGGACCAUGAAAGUACUGCUGACAGCUACUGGGAACUUGGUGUAACACAAAGCGACAUGCAUGACUACACCGCGGCUCUGCAAUCUCACCAGCGUGCAUUAACUAUCCGUCUUAAAAUAUUUGGAGAGGACCAUGAAAGCACUGUUGACAGCUACAGGGCAAUUGGUGUAACACAAAACAACAUGCAAGACUACAGCGCAGCUGUACAAUCUCACCAGCGUGUAUUAGCUAUCCGUAUGAAGCUACUUGGAGAAGAACAUAAACGCACUGCUGACAGCUACAGGGAACUUGGUGUAACACAAUACAACAUGCAUGACUACAGUGCAGCUCUACAAUCUCACCAGCGUGCAUUAACUAUCCGUCUUAAAGUAUUUGGAGAGUACCAUAAAAGCACUGCUGACAGCUACAGGCAACUCGGUCUAACAAAAUGCAACAUGCAUGAAUACAGUACAGCUCUACAAUCUCAUCAGCGAGCAUUAACUAUCCGUCUUAAACUAUUUGGAGAGGACCAUGAAAGCACUGCUGACAGCUACUGGGAACUUGGUGUAACACAAAGCGACAUGCAUGACUACAGCGCAGCUCUGCAAUCUCACCAGCGUGCAUUAACUAUCCGUCUUAAAAUAUUUGGAGAGGACCAUGAAAGCACUGCUGACAGCUACAGGGCAAUUGGUGUAACACAAAACAACAUGCAAGACUACAGCGCAGCUGUACAAUCUCACCAGCGUGUAUUAGCUAUCCGUAUGAAGCUGCUUGGAGAAGAACAUAAACGCACUGCUGACAGCUACAGGGAACUAGGUGCAACACAAUACAACAUGCAUGACUACAGUGCAGCUCUACAAUCUCACCAGCGUGCAUUAACUAUCCGUCUUAAAGUAUUUGGAGAGUACCAUAAAAGCACUGCUGACAGCUACAGGCAACUCGGUCUAACAAAAUGCAACAUGCAUGAAUACAGUGCAGCUCUACAAUCUCAUCAGCGAGCAUUAACUAUCCGUCUUAAACUAUUUGGAGAGAACCAUGAAAGCACUGCUGACAGCUACAGGGAACUUGGUGUAACACAAUACAACAUGCAUGACUACAGCGCAGCUCUACAAUCUCACCAGCGUGCAUUAACUAUCCGUCUUAAACUAUUUGGAGAGGACCAUGAAAGCACUGCUGACAGCUACAGGGCACUUGGUGUAACACAAAACAACAUGCAUGACUACAGCGCAGCUCUGCAAUCUCACCAGCGUGCAUUAACUAUCCGUCUUAAACUUUUUGGAGAGGACCAUGAAAGCACUGCUGACAGCUGCAGGGAACUUGGUGUUACACUAAACAACAUGCAAGUCUACAGCGCAGCUCUAAAAUCUCACCAGCGUGUAUUAGCUAUCCGUAUUAAGCUGCUUGGAGAAGAACAUGAGCGCACUGCUGACAGCUACAGGGAACUUGGUGUAACACAAUGCAACAUGCAUGACUACAGUGCAGCUCUACUAUCUCACCAGCGAGCAUUAACUAUCCAUCUUAAAGUAUUUGGAGAGUACCAUAAAAGCACUGCUGACAGCUACAGGGAACUUGGUGUAACACAAAACAACAUGCAUGACUACAGUGCAGCUCUGCAAUCUCACCAGCGUGCAUUAACUAUCCGUCUUAAACUAUUUGGAGAGGACCAUGAAAGCACUGCUGACAGCUGCAGGCAACUUGGUGUUACACUAAACAACAUGCAAGUCUACAGCGCAGCUCUAAAAUCUCACCAGCGUGUAUUAGCUAUCCGUAUUAAGCUGCUUGGAGAAGAACAUGAGCGCACUGCUGACAGCUACAGGGAACUUGGCGUAACACAAUGCAACAUGCAUGACUACAGUGCAGCUCUACAAUCUCACCAGCGAGCAUUAACUAUCCAUCUUAAAGUAUUUGGAGAGUACCAUAAAAGCACUGCUGACAGCUACAGGGAACUUGGUGUAACACAAAACAACAUGCAUGAUUACAGUGCAGCUCUGCAAUCUCACCAGCGUGCAUUAACUAUCCGUCUUAAACUAUUUGGAGAGGACCAUGAAAGCACUGCUGACAGCUGCAGGCAACUUGGUGUAACACAAUACUACAUGCAUGAAUACAGUGCAGCUCUACAAUCUCACCAGCGUGCAUUAACUAUCUGUCUUAAAUUGUUUGGAGAGGACCAUGAAAGCACUGCUGACAGCUACAGGCAACUUGGUUUGACACAAUACAACACGCAUGAUUACAGCACAGCUCUGCAAUCUCACCUGCGUGCAUUAACUAUCCGUCUUAAACUGUUUGGGGAAGAACACGCAAAAACUGCUGACAGCUACAGGCAAGUCAAGAUCACUCAAGACGCCCUG